AUGGAUGAAAAUGCACCAGCUGACAAUGCCGCCGCUGAUAAGGCCGCUCCGAGCACAGACCAAGCCGCAGCCAAAGAGCGCAAAACUAGAACACUCUUCGUGCGAUCUCUACCUACGACGGCGACAACAGAAUCGUUGACAGAGUACUUUUCGCAGUCCUAUCCGCUAAAGCACGCCACUGUUGUGCUCGAUCCACAGACAAAGCAACCCAAGGGUUACGGAUUUGUUACCUUUACAGACCAUGAAGAUGCCCAAUCCGCAGCAAAAGAAUUGAACAACUCAGUGUUUGAAGGGAAGAAGAUAAAGAUCGAGCUUGCUGAACCUCGCCAUCGAGAGAUUGAUGAAAAGGAAGGGAAGAGCGUGCCCUCUUCUGCGCCGUCAAAAGCAAAGGAGCUCAAGGAGAAGCGAAGGCUGGAAUCAUUACCCCCAAAGCUUAUAAUACGAAAUUUACCAUGGAGCAUGACCGAGCCGGAACAUUUAGAGCUGUUGUUUAGGAGUUAUGGGAAAAUUAAACAUGCCGUCGUGCCAAAAAAGGGGUCAAGGGUUGCUGGGUUUGGAUUUGUGGUACUGAGGGGGAGGAAAAAUGCAGAACGAGCGAUUGAAGGUGUCAAUGGCAAGGAGGUUGAUGGACGGACCUUGGCUGUUGACUGGGCGGUUGAGAAAGAUGAGUGGGACAAUAUGAACAAAGCUGCAGAGGAGUCCGACAGAAAUCAAGAGGGUGGAGAUAGUGAAGAGGUCGCCGAGAAUGAGCAUCUUGAUGUCGUCGAUAAUGGAGAGUCAGAUGCUAUUAGUGAGGAUGAAGAAGAUGGAGGAGUUGAACUUGAUAAUGAAGAUGAAGAUGAGGAGGAAGAUAUCUCCAUGGGCGAUGCAGACGAUGACGACCUAGAAGCAGAGGAGGAGGAGGAGGAAGAAGAAGAAGAGAAAGAGGAUGAUCGAAACGCAUCAACCAUAUUUAUUCGAAAUAUACCUUUCUCCGCUACGGAUGAGUCUCUUCACGAACACUUUUCCAAGUUUGGCCCUGUCCGCUACGCCAGGGUUGUGCUUGACCCAGCGACAGAGCGGCCAAGGGGCACGGCAUUCGUCUGCUUCUACAAAGUAGAAGAUGCUUCAUCAUGUAUCCGUGAAGCUCCUAGAGAUACGGAUGCAUCUCGAAAUAAAGAUCCCAGACAAAAAGCUGCAACCAAACAAAUACACUCUGUUCUCGAAGACGAGAGUAAUGAUGUUACAGGGAAUUAUACCAUGGAUGGUCGUGUCUUGCAGGUCUCCCAGGCAGUGAGUCGAACAGAGGCUGGUAGACUGGAGGAGGAAGGGCACACGCGCCGUGAAGUUCGAGACCAUGACAAACGCCGACUAUUCCUGCUUUCAGAGGGAACAAUUCCGACCAAUUCCCCUAUAUACGCCAAACUCUCUGAGACGGAGAGAAAAAUGAGAGAAGCGAGCGCCAAACAGCGUCAAAAACUCAUCAAGAACAAUCCCAUGCUGCACGUCAGUCUUACCCGACUGUCCGUCCGCAACUUGCCACGACACAUUGAUUCCAAGGCUCUCAAGGCACUUGCCCGUGAAGCCGUGGUGGGUUUUGCAAAGGAUGUCAAGAACGGGCUUCGUAAGCCAAUAUCCUGGGAAGAAUCACGUCGAAGCGCCGCCUUGAUGAAGGAGGCCGAGCAACUGCGCAAGACCCAGAAAAAGGGAAUUGUCAAGCAGGCGAAAGUAGUUUUUGAGGGCAAGGAUGGCUCAAAGAUGAACGAAAAGGCUGGUGCCGGCAGAAGCAGAGGCUACGGCUUCAUUGAGUAUGCUACACAUAGAAGUAGUUUGAUGGGACUCAGAUGGUUGAAUGGCCAUGCGAUUGAGGCUUCUGCGUCUACACCCAACGCUGACCCGGCGGAUAGAAAAAGGCGACUCAUCGUUGAAUUUGCCCUUGAAAACGCACAGGUUGUCAACAGGAGGCGAGAACGAGAAAUGAAUAUUCGAAAAGCUGCUACAGAGGAUAACGGGGAGGAUGGCCCUAGACGCGGCACAAAGCGUGGCCGGGACCAUAAGGAUGAGAAGCAAACCAAGAGACCCAGGGCAGGCAAUGGCCCUAAGAAUUAUCUCAAGGGGUCGAAGAAUGGCAAGGGAUCAGCAGGAAAACCUGGCGAGAAAGCUGAAAAGGCCACAGAGAAGGCUCCAUCCACGGAGAAGGACAAUGACAUUGCUAAGCGGAAUAGGAUCAUUGCCAGAAAGCGGAUGCUAAGGAGGAACAGGAAAUGA